AUGAAGUGGAUACUGUUCUUUGGGGACCUUAUUGGGUCCAGCAUCUGUGGCCAAGAAAAGUUGUUUAGGGACCAAGUUUUCAGGAUUAAUGUCAGAAAUGGAGAUGAGAUCAGCAAACUAAGUCAGCUAGUGAAUUCAGACAACUUUAAGCUCAACUUCUGGAAAUCUCCCUCUAGCUUUGGUCGUCCUGUGGAUGUCCUGUUCCCUUCUAUCAGUCUGCAGCCAGUCAAAUCCUUCCUGAAGUCCCAGAGCUUAGAGUACUUGGUGACUGUUGAAGACCUGCAGGCCCUUUUAGAUAAUGAAGAUGAGGAAAUGCAAUACAAUGAAGGUCAAGAAUGGAGCAGUAAUAACUUCAACUAUGGAGCCUAUCAUUCCCUGGAAGCUAUUUACCAUGAGAUAGACAGCAUUGCCAGAGAUUUUCCUGACUUGGCGAGCAGGGUGAAGAUUGGGCAUUUAUUUGAAAACCGGUCAAUGUAUGUACUGAAGUUCAGCACUGGAGAAGGCAGGCGGCAGCUGACCAUUUGGCUGAAUUCAGGUAUCCAUUCCCGGGAGUGGAUCUCACAGGCCACGGUGAUCUGGACCGCAAGGAAGACUGUAUCUGAUUAUGGGAAGGAUCCAGCCAUCACCUCCAUCUUGGAGAAAAUGAAUAUUUUCUUGUUGACUGUGGCCAAUCCUGAUGGAUAUGUAUACACACAAACUCAGAACCGAUUAUGGAGGAAGACACAGUCUCUAAAUCCUGGAAGCUCCUGCGUUUGUACUGAUCCAAAUAGAAAUUGGAAUGUUAGUUUUGCAGGAGAGGGAGCCAGUGACAACCCUUGCUCCGAAGUAUACCAUGGAGCCCACGCCAGUUCAGAAGUGGAGGUGAAACUGGUGGUAGAUUUCAUUCAAGAACGUGGGAAUUUCAAAUGCUUCAUUAACCUGCACAGCUACUCACAGCUGCUGAUGUAUCCAUGUGGGUACAUGGUCAAAAAGGCCCCGGAUGCUGAUGAGCUGAAUGAGGUGGCAAGGUGUGUAGCCAAAGCUCUGGCUUCCCUGUCGGGCACUGAGUACCAAGUGUGUCCUACCUGCACCACUGUCUAUCCAGCUAGUGGCAACAGUGUUGACUGGGCAUAUGAUAAUGGCAUCAAGUAUGCAUUCACUUUUGAGUUGAGAGAUAUUGGGCACUAUGGCUUCUUCCUGCCAGCCAACCAGAUCAUCCCCACUGCAGAGGAGACCUGGCUGGGGCUGAAGACCAUCAUGGAGCAUGUGCGGGACAACCUCUCCUAGAAGAGAGCCCGCUCUGUCUACAUUUAUUUAUCCACAUGUACACACACACACUGAGGCCAUUAUUAAAGGGCGCUUAUUCCUUCACAUGUGAGUCAAAGCCCUCUGGCUUUGUAGAGAGCACAGGUCAGCCCCUUUCCAGCCCCCUUCCUUGAAGUUUGUGCAUUCUGGUGGUGUGCUUAGAGAAGCACUUCUGCCACCCUGCUGUAUUUUGGUCCUGCUGUUUCACUGAGCCCUUUGUAUGCCUUUUCUUCCACGUAGCUGGGUGGGCAGGCCACACUUGGGAUCAACCCUUCCUGGGUGGCCUGUCUCUACAUCAUUUUUAGAAUAAAAGGACACGUGAAAUGGUUCUGUAGCCUCAUCCAA